UCAGUUUCUCAUCUCUGUGUCUCACGGCUGCUGAGGAUGGAUGCUCGGAUCUUCACCCUGCAUGUCCUGACGCUCUGCUGCCUCAUUCACGGCUCCCUGCAGGGUGUGUACCAGCGGCGUCUCUACAAGGAGCUGAUGAGGAACUACAACCCGUUAGAGCGACCGGUCAGCAAUGACUCUCACAGCCUCACCGUCCACUUCAGCUUCAGCCUGCUGCAGAUCAUGGACGUGGAUGAGAAGAAUCAGGUGCUGACCACCAACAUCUGGCUGCAGCUGUACUGGACAGAUUUCUACCUGCAGUGGAACAUGUCUGACUAUCCAGGUGUGACCAACGUCAGAUUCCCAGACAGUCAGAUCUGGAGGCCUGACAUCCUGCUGUACAACAGUGCUGAUGACAGGUUCGAUGCCUCCUUCCACACCAACAUCCUGGUCAACUCCACUGGGUACUGCCAGUACCUGCCACCAGGAAUAUUUAAGAGCACCUGUUACAUCGAUGUCCGCUGGUUUCCGUUUGACGUGCAGCGCUGUGACCUGAAGUUCGGCUCGUGGACAUACGGCGGCUGGUCUUUGGACCUGCAGAUGAUUGAGGCUGAUAUCACUGGAUACAUCGCUAACGGAGAGUGGGACCUCGUGGAGGUUCCUGGACGGAGGAACGAGCGUUUCUACGACUGCUGUAAGGAGCCGUACCCUGACGUGACCUUCACCGUGGUGAUGAGGAGGAGGACGCUCUACUACGGACUCAACCUCCUCAUCCCCUGCGUCCUCAUCUCCACCCUCGCUCUGCUCGUCUUCCUGCUGCCCGCUGACUCUGGAGAGAAGAUCUCCCUGGGUAUCACAGUGCUGCUCUCUCUGACAGUCUUCAUGCUGCUGGUGGCUGAGAUCAUGCCAGCGACGUCUGACUCGGUUCCUCUCAUAGCUCAGUACUUUGCAACCACCAUGGUGAUCGUGGGUCUGUCGGUCAUCGCUACAGUCCUGGUUCUUCAGUAUCAUCACCACGACCCCGACGGAGGACACAUGCCACAAUGGACCCGUGUGAUCCUGUUGAACUGGUGCGCCUGGUUCCUGCGGAUGCGGCGUCCCGGCGAGGCAAAGGUCCGCUUGGCGUGCCACAACGCUUCCAAGCGUCAGCGUGGCAGCUUGUCCAGCCUGGAGCUCAGCGUCAGCCAGGGCUCUCUGCGACAUCACCCACAGGUAACCAAUGGCAAUCUCCUGUAUGUCGGCUUCCGGGGCAUGGAGGGGUUACACUACGCCUCGCCAUCUGAACCCGAGCUCCUGUGUUCACGUUUGGUGGGGAGCAGCGUUGGCGGGGAGGAUCCCGGAGGAAGAGGAGUAGCAGCAGCGGGGUCCACCCUGGAGGCGGAGCUGAACCAGAUCCUGGAGGAGGUGAGGUACAUCGCCAGGCGUUUCCGCGGCCAGGAUGAGGAGGAGACGGUGUGCAGUGAGUGGAAGUUCGCUGCAGCGGUGAUCGACCGGCUGUGUCUGGUGGCGUUCUCACUCUUCACCAUCCUCUGCACCAUUGGCAUCCUCAUGUCGGCUCCGAACUUUGUGGAGGCCAUUUCUAAAGAUUUCUUCAGCUGAGGGGGAAGAGGAGGAGGAGGAGAGGAGGUGACGGCUGAUAGCAUCUUUAUUUUUAUCCCAUGUACAGACCCACACCAACACCAUGUUCAUCCGUCUAUCAAAACUGUCUCACUUCCUGUUGGCUCCAACCCCACUGGUUCCUAUUGAAGACACCUCACGAACAUAAAGUCAGUGUGUUGCUCUCUCGAGAGCUGUUUACCUUUGUCAAACACAACCACCAGCCUGCCAACACAUUCUCACUCCGACCUCGCCACAUAUCGACAUUUGGUCAUGGACUUUCCACAUCCAGAUACGACGUGAAAGGGACACCAUGUCAAGUUCUGCCUGUUACAUGCAUUGUCUUCUUUCAAAAUACACUUCUGUUUUCAUAGGCAGUUUACUGUUUACAUACAGUCUCUUUAAAAAUAAAUGCACUACGUCGGUACAACAACGCAAAUUGAUGUUUUUUCCUCCAACAAAUAAUGUACGUGGUUGGGUUUAGGAAAAAGAACAGGGUUUGGCUUUAUAAUCUUACAGGACGCUAAAACCGCUCUCCUGUGAAAGUCUGUGUUUGUUGGACCCAUCCACCACCACUCCCGUCCACCGUGCUCGGACUUUCAUUGCCCUACCUUUCAUCCUUGUCCCCCCUGCGUUUCCUCCUGAUGCCGCCGAGCGCCCUUAAUCUAUUACGGCAACCGGCCGCGUAUCAUGCCGACGUUAAAGGCUAGCUUUUUUUUGUCAGUGUCUCCAAGCGCUGGAUUUCGAUGACUUCAGAGUGAGACCGGGUUGAGCCUGCAGGUUCCAGACCUCUGAAUCGCUGCCCACAUCUCUAAGCUCACUGUAAAGCUGAAAACACAUCGCCACCACAGCGCCAUGGUGCAUCAUAUGAGGCCUGUCAAAUGCUUCCAUUAGCACCAAUAGCACACACAGUUAUUACAACUGUUACCAAAAGAUCUGAACUUCUUCCACCUCUGCAUUAGCUUAAAGUCAUGUGUGGACACUCCCUGAUUAAAUUUAAUUUCUCACCUGAAGAGCCGAUCUCCAGAACUUUGGCUGGCCAGGAAAUAUCUGUUUUGUCAUUGUCUUUACAAUGACAGGAUUGUGGGUCGUAACCAUUGGGCCUCAACCGCAAGCCUCUCCUCAUUCAUUCUUUGAUACACAAGAAACAGUAACAGCAAGAGGUGAGGAGAGGAGUUGAGAGCUGCCACAGGAGCAGAGAAGAAGAGCUGCUACAGAAGUCAGGAUGUACAAACAGGGAGCGAGAAAUAAUUUUAUUUUUUUUAGUGGUGCUAACAUACUUAUUAAUACUAAAGGGGUCAAAAUGAAGCUGUUUAAUCAACAGGGCGACCUGGAGGGAGAUUGGAUGGUGGCCACCAUGUUUUUACAGCAAUGUCGUCCCACCACAGGGACGGCAGUACCAGCAGUAAUCGUGAAUGAAUGGCACCGCUAGCUAACAGUUCACCUGACCUGGCAAGUGCGCAGUGCAGAGUGGGAAAGGCCAACGUUAGCUAACCAGUGGAGACCAGAGGUUGAGUAGUGGGCACUUUGUUUUCACAUGUCAACACAGCUAGCUGGCUGACUGUCAGCAAAGCCAACAGAAAAUUAAAUGAAAGGCAAAAUAUUUACAACACAACAGAUUAAAAUGUCACCACCUCUAAAUGGAUAGCGCUUUGAAAUGUGCUGCUAAAUCUCACUGAGUCAAUGGAGCACUGGACUAAAAGAAGAGGCCAUUUCUUUGUUUGUUUGUUUGUUGCUUUUCUUGAAAGCUAACUAGUUAAAAUGAACCGAAACUGACAUCCCAAGUGUAGCUGUAGCUUUUUGUAAGAUUUGGAGCCAUCUACAUACAUUUUUGAUGGACUAUCCCUUUAAAGAAGAAUCAAAGAGCUUUCAGCAGCAUCUCAUGGUCUUCAUUCAGUGACUGGAACUGGCCCAGGUGUCAGGUGAGAUGUGACAACAGGUGGUUGUAUAUUUAAGCUGCUGUCUGCUGGUCUGGUUUCCUUCUUCAGCAUGAAUAACAUCUUUGUAAAAUGACUGAAAACAGACUGAAGAAGAAAAAGGUCCGUUGACACCAGCGACACCAGGUCAGUAAAUAAUUGUAUAUAAUGUAUAGAAUAAUGAGCUUUGUGAAGAAUCAUGAGAAUGUUUUGAUUUCUUGGCAGCUGUAUCAGGAGCUCGUCUCAAACUGAUGUGAGUUAUUGUUAUUUUUGUCUCUUGGGAACAGAGACAGUUAAUAUAUAUAUUCAACAGAAGUUUGGAUGUUUGAAGAAAAGAGGUUCUGUAGCAGAUAAAGACAUUGUAUCAUAUUUUAACCAAAGACGAUCAAAUAUCACUAAACAAAAUGUGAAGAACUGAAGUAUGAAGACAGAAGCUGCCAAAAUAAAAUAAAUGACUCAAUUAAUGAAUUUUUAUGCCAUUAAAUGUACCACAAAUAAUAUUAAAAAAUAAAUGUAGAUAUUAAUUGAUAAAAUGUGGCAUCAAUUUAUAUUUCUGUUUUCUGC